GACGUAAACUCACCAUUUUGGGUUCAGCUCUGAUGCAGAGCUCCGUUUCCGUGUCAUUACGAAGAAUUAAAACCCUAAAAAUCGAGUCUUCACAGUUGUGGCUUUCUGGGAAUGGGAGAGCCAAAGAGGAAGCGAGGUCGCAAACCUAAAGCCCCAAAGACAGAAUCCAUGGACUUCCAAUUCACGAACCCUGGACCCAGCACCACCGCCACAGCCACCGCUGCUGCCAACGACGUUGUAUCUGCCUCCGCCGUGGAACUCACUGAAGGCAGCCCCCCGUCCGCUCGCCGGGGUCGGGGCAGGCCCAGGAAGAUCGGUAAACAUGUCGAGAAGUCCCCCGAACGUCGGAGCUCCCGGUUCGUGGAAUCGAGCAACGGUGACGCGAGGCAUGUGGGUGCUGUGGUUGUUCCGGAGGCGCCGCCCAGGUGGGAGAGUGUUGUGAGGGUGGUGCCAUCUAUGGACGCGGUGGUGAAGGUGUUUUGCGUGCACACGGAGCCGAAUUUCUCGCUGCCAUGGCAGCGGAAGCGGCAAUACAGUUCGAGUAGCAGUGGGUUUAUCAUUGAGGGAAGGAGGGUGUUGACGAAUGCUCAUUCGGUUGAGCAUCAUACGCAGGUGAAGCUCAAGAAACGCGGCUCAGAUACCAAAUACUUGGCUACUGUGCUAGCUAUUGGGACUGAGUGUGAUAUCGCAUUGUUGACUGUCAAUGAUGAUGAGUUCUGGGAUGGGGUUAAGCCGGUGGAAUUUGGAGAUUUGCCUGCACUCCAAGAUGCUGUUACAGUUGUAGGCUACCCAAUCGGGGGCGACACAAUCUCUGUCACAAGUGGUGUUGUAUCACGCAUGGAGAUAUUAUCUUAUGUUCAUGGUUCAACUGAGCUUCUUGGUCUUCAGAUAGAUGCUGCAAUAAACUCUGGAAAUUCUGGUGGACCUGCAAUUAAUGAUAAAGGCAAAUGUGUGGGUAUCGCAUUUCAGUCCCUUAAACAUGAAGAUGUAGAGAAUAUAGGUUAUGUCAUACCAACGCCAGUUAUUAUGCACUUCAUCCGGGAUUAUGAGAAGAAUGGUGCAUAUACAGGAUUCCCAAUUCUUGGGGUUGAAUGGCAGAAGAUGGAAAAUCCUGAUCUGCGUGUGUCAAUGGGGAUGGGACCUGAUCAGAAGGGUGUCCGUAUUAGAAGAAUUGAGCCUACAGCUCCUGAGUCUCAUGUUCUGAAGCCAUCUGAUGUUAUUCUUAGCUUUGAUGGGGUUAAUAUUGCCAAUGAUGGAACAGUUCCAUUUAGGCAUGGAGAGCGCAUUGGUUUCAGUUACCUUGUUUCUCAAAAGUAUACGGGGGAUAAUGCUGUAGUUAAAGUUCUCCGGAAUUCACAGAUACUUGAAUUCUGCAUAAAACUUGCAAUUCACAAGCGGCUCAUAGCUGCACACAUCAAGGGCAGACCUCCAUCCUAUUACAUUAUUGGUGGAUUUGUUUUUACAGCAGUAUCUGUUCCAUAUCUGCGUUCUGAGUAUGGCAAGGAUUAUGAAUUUGAUGCUCCAGUCAAGCUGUUGGAUAAGCAUCUGUACUCAAUGGCACAAUCCGUCGAUGAACAACUUGUUGUGGUUGCUCAGGUGCUUGUGGCAGACAUUAAUAUUGGAUAUGAGGAAAUUGUCAAUACACAGGUUCUUUCUUUCAAUGGUAAGCCUGUAAAGAAUCUGAAGAGCCUGGCCACCAUGGUUGAGAGUUGUGAUGAUGAAUUUUUAAAAUUCGAACUGGAAUAUCAACAGAUAGUGGUCCUCCAAACUAAAACUGCCAAAGCAGCAACUUUAGAUAUUUUAACAACACAUUGCAUACCUUCAGCUAUGUCAGAUGAUCUCAAGACAUGAAAAGAGAUCUGGUGGAAGUGUAUGCCAGUUUUUUGCCUAACCCUGUAAUCAACUUCUGCACUUCCCUCCUACUGUGGGUGCUGUAACAAAAUGCAGUUCCACCCGCUUGAGUGCUGUGGAAGCCAGAAAUCUGUUGCUGCUUGUUGAUAUCUUCUGCAUUUUCAUUUGUUGAUGCAGGCUACGGAGUUGCGUUUUGGAUAGUUCUGUAAUACUUAGGCACAUCUCAAUGGGGACUAAGAUGCUGCUUUCCCAUAUUUUGUUGGAAGCAAGUGAUGAGGAAAUUGCAUCUGAAAUUAGUGUUUUGUAUCUCCAAGGUUAUCAGUCACUUUGUAACAGUCUGCCAAAUAUGAAUGGGAAGUUUGUUUAUCGGCUCCAGUGUUAUCAGCCA